AUGGAUUCCAUACAAAUUGCAGAUUGUAAGGUGAUUCUUGCCGUGGCUCAACGAGUGGCAGAGGAAGUGAAUGUGGGGGAACUUAUGAGAUUCAUUGAACGGAUCAGUGGACAUUUGAACUACGAGAAGACGACAUUCCCCAACGUCUUAGUCUUGCUAACUGUACUCUUAUCGCCUAUCAAGGUGACAAUGUCGCAAUUGGCGAUGAUCAUAGAGACAUUACUAGAAAGAGAUAAUAAAGACAAUAUCCAGGAGUUUUUAGAGUUGGCUGAUUGGGCCUUUAAGGAGUCAUGGGGAGAUGACAUUGACUUGUUGGAGAAGACUGCUUCUGAUAUGUUGGUUUCUUAUUCCUUACAGAUCAAGGAGCUCUACGGAAUUGAAAUGGUUGGAACCGUUUCAGUGCACCAAAUCUUGUUCCAGUUCAUUAAGGCUAAGGUUGACGAAUACGGUCGAUAUGGUAAUGAUGAUGUUAGUGAAUGUGAACCGUUGUUCCAUCAUUUAGCAGGAUACGGACCCUUUCAAGAAUGGUAUAGUGGUUUGAUCAAGCCCUUUGAGUACUACUGGACUUCAUAUGGUAGAUACCAGGAAGAAGAUAAUGAAGUUCUAACCUUGGAUAAGGCAAUUAGACAUGAACGUGAUUUCCAUUACCUUUUCAAUGCAUUGGUUGAACCAUUGAAGAACCAACCAAAGAUGACUUCUGAUUGGAUGAAAAAGAUCAUCAUACCCUUAGUAUCACAUUAUUCCACUCAAGAUGCCAGGCGAACGUUUAUCGAAUGGAUCUUUAAAGAUAAUACUGCCAAUGUCAAGCCCAUAAGUAAGCUCACGUCUAUGAACACGAUUAUCACACAACUCAAUAACAAUAAUAACUCCUUGGUGGACGUUGACGAUUUCAAUGAGAUUCUAAAACUUUAUCUUGCAUCUAUAUUCUUUGAUAUCAUGCAGUAUGGUGAUUCCAUGUCUUCUAUGGACAUUGUCAACUUGUAUGAUUUCAUCACCGAAGCACUUGCGGGAUUCAUCACGUCACAAUCAGAUAUAAUUGAGCCUUCGUUUGAACCGUUUCAGGAUGCUUCUAGUUUCGAUAUCUUUGUCAAACUCAACUCCCGUAACCCAUUGCUUCAACCAACACUUGUGAACUUGAGAGUUGUGCAGAGAAUGUUCUUGAUCUGCUCCAAGUUGUACCCUAUUAAUAAGCUCACCAUUCAGAAAUAUUUGCUGUACAAAACAGACAGAGAAGAAGAAGGAGACAAGGACAAGACCAAAGCUCUUCAAGCAUUAACCAUCAUGAACACACUUGAUUCCAAUAAUGCUGAGAACCUCCUUGAGGCCUUCAACUUGUUUGUGGAGACGUUUGUGAGUAGCCGAAGUGCGAAACAAGACUUGUGUAAGUUGGUGGUGGAGAGGUUUUUGUAUGAGAAUUUGUUUGACUUCUUAGAGAAAGAUAUAACAGCAGCAAGCUAUUUCCAAUUAGAUACUGAUGAUUACUAUGAGCUUGUGAACGAUAAGUUCUGGUAUUCCUUUAACAGUGCUGUUAAUUUGAAUGAGAAGAAGGGUAAACUCUACGAGGCUAAUGAGUGUCUUUUAUUGUUUGAUAGACUAUCCAAUAGAAGUGACUUGAGUGCAGCCAAUAAGAACCAAAUAAUGAAAGUGAAGCAUUUAAUGAAGGCUGUUGCUUUGAUGAAGAACUUCAAGAUAAUGGUUAGUAUGAACGUCCCCAUAACUCCCAGUUUGGUUGUUAGUAAUUUUGGUGGUGGAACUGGAGACUUUUCACAUAAUACUCCUGUUGAUUUGGUGUCCCUUAUAUUGGAGUAUAACCCCAAGUCAUACUUGGCAUUUGAAAAGUUAUACAAGAUAGUCAAUUAUUUGGUGAUCUUCUUUGCUACUACGACGGAUGAAGGAAGUGCUACUUAUUAUUUCAAUAAGGUGAAAUCUGCAUGUAUUGAAUCAGCUUUAAUUGAUGAUAACUUCAAUUAUGCCUAUAAACAGUGUCUUAUUCUUUUCAGUCAUUAUCAAAAGGACCAACAGAAUUUGAAUGAUAUUUGGUUAACGUUUUACCAAGUUGGAAAGUACAUUUCACCCCGUUGGUUUGAAGAUGAUGUUGACCAACAUAGUACCACUGUGGAAAUGGAGAAGCUCUCGGUGUGGAAGAAACAAAGAGAGGUGCUUUCCAAGGCUCUUAAGUUCAUGCAACCUUCUGAAUCUUCAAUGGAUAACAGUAGAGUUAUCCUUAGUCAAUGGAGACGGGUCAAUGACCAAAUAGAAGAGUCAUAUGCCAAUUAUCUGUAUUUGGAUCAGAUCACAGCCAUGGAAGUGAAUCAAAGAAACCUUUCAAAACAAUUGAACACCAUUGCUAAUGAAUUCAUUGGGGAGGCUAGCAACUCUACUUCUCAAGCAGGAGAAAAGAUCUCCAAUUUAUUAGUAUCAGGACUUGGUUGGGCCAUAGGAGCCAAUAGAAGUAAAUAA